UUUCUGGAGUUAGGCUUGUUCUUCAUGAGCGCUGUGUGAUAAGUGUUCUUCUGCAGAUAACACUGCUGCGGUGUUCUUCCGUCCGUGUGCCUUCUGGAGACGUUUGUCAUCUUCUGUCAUCUUGUCAUGAGCAGAACCGCAAGCGAACAGAAACAUCAGAGUGAGACGCCAGAGAUCCGGCUCCGCUGGGAAACACAGGAUUUACUCUUUCAUUCAUCACAGAAGCUGCUGUUCUACGAAGACAAGCACCAGCUCCCAGCUCCGAAGUGGACAGAGCUGGCCAGCGUGAUCAACAGCUGCAUGGAGUACGAGCCGCUGCUGAGACCCUCGUUCAGAGCCAUCAUCCGAGACCUCAACAGCUUCUUCACACCAGACUACGAGCUGCUGGUGGAGAGUGACACGGUUCCCAGCAGGCAUCGGGCUCUGGGUCUCGUCGGAGCGUUCGAGAGUCAGGAACCCACUCAGUUUGAGGCCAGACACCUGAUCUGCCUGCAGCUGCUGGGGAAGGGGAACUUCGGCAGCGUGGAGAAGUGCCGCUACGACCCGCUGCAGGACAACACGGGUGAAGUGGUGGCGGUGAAGAAGCUGCAGCACAGCACGGCCGAACACCUGCGAGACUUCGAGCGUGAGAUCGAGAUCCUGCGCUCGCUGCAGCACGAGAACAUCGUCAGAUACAAGGGAGUGUGUCUGCCCCAGAGCAUGCUGGUCCUGAGACACCAUUCACACAGUCUCUCUCUCUCUCUCUCUCUCUCGCUUUGCCUGUCGGGAAUGAGGGGUGCGUGAGGUUUUCACGGGUGA